AUUGUUUUCUAUCCGAGACAGGAGAAAGAAAAACAGAUUGAAGGUGUUGACACGAAAAUUUGUUAGAGACAUCAUACAAUAAAUUUCGGUGCUAAAUCAAGAUGAAGUUUCAAUACAAGGAAGAACAUCCCUUCGAGAAGAGGAAAGCCGAAGGAGAGAAGAUCAGGAGGAAGUAUCCCGACAGGGUUCCUGUUAUUGUGGAGAAGGCUCCAAAAGCAAGAAUAGGGGAUUUGGAUAAGAAGAAGUACUUGGUUCCCUCUGAUCUGACUGUUGGUCAAUUCUAUUUCUUGAUCAGAAAGAGAAUUCACCUCAGAGCAGAGGAUGCUUUAUUUUUCUUUGUCAAUAACGUGAUCCCACCAACCUCUGCCACAAUGGGCUCCCUCUAUCAGGAGCACCAUGAAGAGGAUUUCUUCUUGUAUAUUGCCUAUUCUGAUGAGAAUGUCUACGGAUCAGAAAAUUGAAGAUAUCAUAAAACUAAAUGUAAUAUUCUAUUGAUAAACACAAUAACAAUAUAUUUAACUUGAGGCAAAUCGAUAGUAUUUUAAUAUAAUUGAUGAUUUUGCAACUAGAGGUUUGAGGUUACAAGGGUAUUAUCGAUUUUUUUUUUAUUUCAGGACAUUAUUGAUGAUUCUGUGUAUAUUUUUUGUACAAUCUAAUACUUUUAUUUUCUAUAUUGUUUAGUGUUUAUUUAGGAGAUGUACAUUUCGAAAUUUUCGGUGAGAUGAUGCACAUAUUAUUAUUUCCCUGUAGCAUUUAAUAAUGAAUGUCAAAAAAAAAAAAACUAAAAGGGAAAAAGCUUUUUGUGUACAUGUUUAAUUUCACCUUGCAUUGAGAGCAAAUGGAUAGUUUAAUGGUUAGUUUUUAGGAACUCACGCCCAUUUUCAGUCAUUCACUUUCAUCUUCAAAAGAAUACUUAGUUCAUAGGUAAACCUUGAAUAUUGUGAUCUUUUAUUAAAAAUGAAAUAAAAAUAUUAUAGACACAA